AUGCCGCAAAGCACACAGCCCAAGACGCAAGCCUUAGCUUUAGUCGCUUCCAUGUUCAGUGGAAAUGAUGAGCUAGUGAUCAAAGUCCAAACUGCCAUCGCAACACACGAUAAUGUCAUUUCUGCUAUUGAAGCCGUUGUUGGGCGAGGUGGUUUAAGCCUAGACCAUGUCAAGUCACUUCAGUGGAUGAGAGAGAUAUUCCAUGCAACCCAAGAGGAUGAGAAGCUUGCGUGCUACCUGCUACAAAAAUUUCCUGGGCCGGAGAAUCUCAGCAUGGUUGCACUCGAAUACUACCAUAAAGAAGAUUUACCCUCAAACGACAAAGAAAGUGUUGCACAAUUCAGAUCCCAUCUAAUGCUCAAAGAACCUCUGGCUGUUCUCUUGGCUUCUGUCAGGGCAAAUGAGUUCCAGUUUAAACCAGAAUGGAACAGUGCUAUCAGUGUUGCGUUAGAAUGGGUUGUUAAGAAUAACGUAUCCAUCGCCUCUAAUGCGUUUCGAAACAUGAUCAAUUCCAAAGGCUUUCUUGACUCACUAAAGGAAAGCCGAAAUGUCGACGUCGAGGCGGUCCUCAGCAGGAUCAUGACACUCCAAAGGUUGCAGUACCUGGUUACAGAACCACGACAGAUCAAGCCUCUUCUGGACCACAACUUCAAAUCUGCUCAAGAUAUUGCUUCCACGAGCAGAAAGGCGUUCGUCAAAACGAUGACCGCUAAGAACCUCCUAGAUCGAGAGGUUGCACUCAAGAUCCACGACCAUGCGGUUGUAGUAGCUUGUCGGAGUCAAGAGACCUGGGUUAAUCUGCUCUCCAUGAUUAACGAAGACUUCAUGGCCACCGAGAAAGCAAUCGCAGAUGUCGGGGCAGAAAAAGUCACCAGGCCAGCACUCCCGGAUGAAGAUCCUUCCACGACCCCUAACGCAAAGGGUACCAAGGAUUUCAACAUGACAAGUAUCUUUGACCUCCAGAAUACCCCAUGCGAAGAGUGUUGCUCUGUUGUUAGCGCGUCAGCAUACUUUGUUGAUCUGCUCAAGUUCCUGGAAAAUAGCCGCUGCAGUACUGUUGUAAAAGGAGCUGACAAUGUGCUUCAAGCAUUGGCCCUGAGACGUCCGGAUCUACAAUGUCUACAGCUCUCCUGCGCGAAUAGUAAGAAUAUGGUCUCGUACAUUACAAUUGUCAAUGAGAUUCUGGCUUCUUAUAUCGCUAGUGAGGGAGGAACCGUCAGUGUUGUCGAUGAGGAGGAGACCUCAGCACCCCAGGGCUGUGUAAAAGGAGAGCAGGACCGAGUAGCAGACGCGUGCGAAAACAAGAUUGCCGAAGCCAUGUUUCCUUUGAACCGAUUUCCCUAUAGGCUGGGUGAAGACUCGGUCAGAGUCUACCUUUCUUCGAUGGGAAUCGAGCCUGCGGAUGUGUGCACAAACUUCAAGUCAACUAGCUUCAUGCUGAAGCAGCUAAUGAACUUCGUUCCAAGUGACUCAAAGUCACGAAGAGAGCUAGAAAAGGAAGCAGAGGCUGUAUGGCACCGGUUCGAUGUUGCCGAGACCUUGCAUAUGUUACCUCGCGAUUUUGCUGCUGUUUGCAAAGAGACCAUCUUCACAGACACCUUCUUAGACCUUCUUGUCGGCCUUUCUCCAGAGCACUUGGUCCAAGAGGUACUGGCACGAGAUAGGUCGAUACCCUCGGUCAACGAAUGCUGGGGCUAUGAAACUGUUGACGAGAUGCUUGAAACUUCCGAGAGCAACCAAUUAGGGCUGGGUUUUAUACGAGAUCAACUUCUCCCACGCUCAGGACUGUCACUUGAGGAGCUGCUCGAGCUCUUGAACACUACUUUCUUUGGCAGAAAACUUGUGAUCGUCAAUAACAGAGGCUCAAAGGUAUUCGACGGGCAGCUCUCGGAAAUGCGACUCCAACUCCUUGAAAACAGCGCGAGUUCCGAGGAGGGAGGUUCCUCUGGAGAGUUUCCCAUCCGAAGUCUAACACAGGAGAUAUGCCAUGAACUGCAAGGGUUUAUUCGACUUAGAAAUAAGCUAGGAUGGACCAUUGCAGAGCUUGACGUCGCUAUUUCAACCGUCACUCAGAACCACGUUGCCAACAGUGCUAUUACAUCUGUCGAGGCGUUCCGAGGCAUUACCCUAGCAGUCCUCGAAGACAUCGCGCGAAUCGCAAAGUUAAGCAAACUGACGCAGGCACCCGUGGUGUCUCUUCUCCCAAUUUGGGCGCAAAUUAGCACCCACGGCGAUAAGUCCUUAUACAGAAAGGCGUUCCUUGAACCAAUGAGAUAUCUUAGUAACGAUCCAGUCUUCAGGCCCGACUCCGAUGGCAAAUAUCUGAGGGACAAGGGAGCCAUUGAACUCUACAUGGCGCCUCUCACAAUGACUUUGAAGACAACAUCGGAGGAUUUGAAGAUCCUCUUAUCCAUUGCUGAGCUGAACCUUUCCUCACCGCUUGAUUUGGAAACACUGUCCAAGAUGUACCGCCAUGCACUGAUGUGUCGACUACUUGGAUUGCGACCAAAGGAUUACGACAUGGUUCUUUCAGUCUUCCCUGACCGAAAUAUCUUUAUUGACCCCAAAACAACCCUGGAGAGUAUUGCUCUUUGGAAAAGCUUGACCGAUAACGGGUGGUCAACCAACGACAUUAUGAUGCUUGUUGGCAAGACUGAACGCACCGGUGCUCCAUUAUCUGAUCAUGCCCUUCAGUUCACUUCGUCUAUUAUGGAGAAGAUCAGUGCCAGUAGAGGCACAUGGGACCCUCGUAUCCAGAAUAAAAUGGUUACAUCGCGAGAUGUCAUGGAUCUUUGCGGCCAGAUGUUCGAUGCUGCAACUUCCAAGAGCUUGGCACAGAUAGUUGAAGGUGAUUUUGUGGUCACCAAGAGUAUUCAAUUGAAGACUUUGAGAUCGUUACCCUCUUUCAAUGGCCUCCCUUCGAAGUUGGCCAUUGACAUCAACGGAAAGGGCACCAAGGCCCAGACAGCUGUUGUAGCCCUAAAAGGAAUACUGACGGGGGAGGAGAAAGAGGAAAGCAUAAAAGAAAUCGAGAAUUGUGCAGUCCUUGCUGACACCGUCAAAGAACUUGAUAGCAUGUCCAAAAUUCCUUUCAAGGCUCUACUAUCCAGAUUCUCGGAUGAAGCGACCGCGAAGCAGAAGAAGGAGAUGGUCGACUUGAUGUGUUCUGACCUGCAAUUUACUACCACGGACUCCGCAACCGUGUCCGACGAGUCAAUUUGUACCAGCUCAGAUAGAGAGGAAUCGUCUGAAGUCGAAAGGGAGAAGAUCUUACGCAAAAGGCGACUGGAAUUUGUCAAUCUUAUGUUGCCCGUAUUGCGAUCGCAAAGUUUGGUCGACCUCGCUACUAGAAGUAUCGUCGAGAAGCUAGAUGGCGUUGAUCACACCCUUAUCCCUAUGCUCUUAAGCAAAGAGAUGGCUUCAGAAAAGAAUAAGUCAGCUUCCCAUAUCCUAGAAUCCAUUCAGGGCUACUCUGUGGAUAAGCCCCCAAGCACACAAGGCUACUUUCUACCGACCGCUACAGGAGAGCACACGUUCACUUUGCGGCCAACACAACCUGACACUGCCAAAGAUACAUACCUUAACAUCAAUGGUGCCAAGGUUAAUAUCAAGGAAUCCAGUACAGAGUGGUGUUCCGAUCCCAUCCUUAUGACAACCGGACAGACCUACCUUCUUGUGUCGUCUGUUCGGCCCAUGGACAUUACCUGGACCACUAAACAGACGGUGCCAGCAAGCUUCAGUGAUACUACAUUCAUUGUACAAGAAAGCGUCCAGAAGGCUGACUUGGUAUUGAAGGAGAUUGGUCGAUCGGCCUCGUUGUUCCGCAAGCUGGAGUUGAGCUUGGAAGAGGUCAAAUACCUGACCACUCCCAACGGGCUUGUAUCAGUUGAUUUGAACUCACUGAGCAUUGGAGAUAUUGCAAAGCUACAGAGCUAUCGACAGCUGAGAGACAAUAUUGCCAAAGAGAAGGAUUCUCUAGUCACUUUGUUUGCAUGGCUUGAGAACCCUGACAGCUCUUCAACCUUGGCUUCCCACCUCAUAGCUGCUACGACAUGGCCUGAAGCACAGCUCUCUACUUUGAUCAACACCAAGUAUGACUAUGAUGGAGCCGCAACGGCGGAUAUCAUCAGAACUGUCGCUAGCCUCGACGAAUUGCUAUCCAUCCAAGCUAUCAUGGAGAUCUCUGGCAACCUGAGGCCCAAUUCGAGUCAAGACAGCGAGCACCCAAUCACGAAUCUCUUCAUAUUCGCAACUCCCGCACUUCCUACUACGAACAAGGAUUUAGCGGUCGCGAAUGAACUGCGACUCAUGCUUGGUAAACGACAACUCAAGUCAUGUACAGCACAGCUACGCGAAACGCAGCGGACAGUCUUUAUCGAUUAUUUGCUGCAGCAACCAUAUAUCAAGAAUUCCAAGAUCUCGGAUGCGGCUGGCCUCUUUGAUCUGUUGUUGAUCGACGUCCAGAUGGGCUCGCAGUUUGAGAUCACUAGAAUGAAACAGGCCAUCUCGACUGUUCAACUAUAUGUACAGCGAUGUCUCCUAGGCAUGGAGAUCGAAGCCGGUGUGCAGCCAAGUGACAUAGACCAGGUCAAGUGGACGUGGAUGCAAAAGCACAACGUUUGGACAGCUACAAGAAAGGCAUUCUUGUACCCAGAGAAUUGGAUUGAUCCAACUUUGCGUGACGACAAGACUGCUCUGUUUGGCGACUACGAAACGACCAUCAUGCAGAAGGAUUUGAGUUGGGAUACGUUCUCUCAGGCUAUCCGUACAUACGUGAAAGGGCUGUCUGAGAUUGCAGAUCUGGACAUCCAAGCAUAUCUACGGCAUCACCCCACUGGGGGUUUGGAGACGUACCAUUUCUUUGGCAAAACCCGCAGCGCACCAUAUCGCUUCUACUACCGUAGCAUGAGGCUUACACAGCCAAGUGAUGUAGCGAUGUGGACACCGUGGACUUUGAUGGACAUUGGUUCUGUCACGUACGAGGCAGAUUGGAAUGGUUCGAGCGUCACCAACUCCGGGGCUUACCUCAUUCCCGUCAUGCGUGGCAAUCGUCUGACUGUCUAUGUUCCAGAAAUAAUGGUAAAAACUCUGACUCCCGAGACCCCAAUAGGAGAAAAGAAAUCCCCCAUGACGUUUUCAGAAGCUGCGGGUAAUUCAUUGAAUACGACAAAGUCACCGAGUAACUGGGAGAUACGAAUGGCAUGGACUGAGCUACUUAACGGUGAAUGGACACCCAAGCGUGUUUCACAACCAGUGCUGAAUGUAAAAUGGGAUGACACAUUCAACGAAGAAAAGCUGCCCUUCAUCUCACGCUUUACCUUUUGGGCCAACACGACUGGCCCGGUUGGGGAGAUAGUCACUAUCAACGUUGGAUGCUGGCGAAACGAAAAGCUCAAUGGAAAGAAUGCAGAAGAAACUAAAAGAGCCAAUCAUUCAUUCAUUGGGUCCUUUCAGAUGAGCGACGACCGCGCAUCGGUUGCGACAGCCGCAGACCAAUCCAGUUCUCAAAUGAGCACCCUUGAGACAGUGUUUCACAAGUACACAUGGCAGCAAAACUGGGAAACGAGAAAGACUUUCGACGACGACCAGGUCGAAACUCCUGAACAGGGAGUUGCUUUAUUUGAAGGAAAAGAGGCAACUCCUCCAUUACUAGCUGUUCCAGUCCCAACCUCUUCCAGAACCCUGGUGUGGACUAUGUCAUAUGAUGGAAAUGACAAACUGGGCAAGGCGACAGGCUACGUCGUUGACGUACAGGUAUCAGCACCGGAUGGCAAGACGACCUUCAUGUACCCAAAGCUUGCCUACGCCAGAAAUAACAAGAUCACUCUUGCAUCGUCGAAUCUGGUUCGGAAUUCGAUGACUGAAGUUAUUGAGCAUUCUUCAUCACCAACUUUCAUGCAAGAUAUCACGAAGACAGACAGCCUGGGACCGCUAUUCGAGACGAUGAACACGAUGAACGAGAGAGAAUAUGGAAAGGCUGUCGUUGAAGCAAAUGUGUCUCAAUACCACGAACAGGCCACCUCAUAUGCCCUUUACAACUGGGAGCUUGGGGCGCACUGUAUUCUUCUUGCAAUGGACAGAUUCUUGGCAACACAGCAAUACGAUCUGGCCAUUCGAGUCGCAAGGUUUGUUUUCGAUCCAACGGUGGAUGUUCAAGGGCAAACUCGAAAGCAAGCGAAAACAGCUUGUUGGAGAUUCCGUCCCUUCAGAGACAUUGCAUCUGAUCCCACUGAGAACCAAGACAAGUUCACUGGUUGGCUAGAUGAGUCUACGCUUGACGUGGCAGUGACAGAAAGAAGACGCAACCCAUCCAACACGCAUGCAACAGCGCGAACACGACCGCGAGCAUACAUGAAAUGGAUAGUUAUGAAAUAUAUCGAAACGCUCAUCGCUGCCGGUGAUGAAUACUUCCGCCAGGCCAGCAUUGAAUCUCUCCCGAUGGCGAUCCAGCGAUACCUUGAGGCAGCACAUGUCCUCGGCCCAGAGCCGCCCAAGAUCCCCAAACUUGGCAAGGCCGCCGUGAGGAAUUAUGAUACACUGAACAAGAAUGGCAGGAUGAGCGUCGAUCUCGAACUGGCUUUCCCUUUCCUCUGCGAUGUUGAGAGACGAGGGACGAGACAAUUGAAGGACGACAGGCUGGAUGACGAGCAGGAUAGAUAUGGAGUCUUGGGAAUCCUUACAACGACGUAUUUUUGCCUACCAGCCAAUCCAAAGUACCAGACAAUGCGUGCGUUGGUCAACGAUCGGCUUUACAAGGCAAGGAACAACUUGGACAUUAAUGGUCGGCCGCUCGUGUAUGCCAUGAAUGAGCCAAGUAUCGAUCCAGGUCAGAUAGGCCGUGCCUUACAAGGUGGUGGAGGGGGGGUGACCUCACUUCUGAAUGAGAUGGAUGGCCCAAUGCCGAAUCAACGGUUCCAAUACCUCAUCUCCAAAGCACUAGAGAUAUGCAACACCCUUCAGAGCAUGGGAGAGCAAUUUCUACAAGCCAAGGAAAAGAAGGACUCAGAAGCUCUUCAGAUCCUGAAAGCGAAACAGGACACGGCUCGGCAGAGGCUUGCAAUAAGUCUCAAACGUCUGCAGAGGGAGGAGAUUGAAAGAAACAUCGAGCUCCUGGAAAUGAACAGAUCUUCUGCUGCAGCUCAGCUGAGCUACUAUCUACAGCUCAUGGGCGAGCCAUUGGAUCGCAUACCAAGCGAAACAGACAAGUGGGUGGACAUUGAGCAGGCAAUUGAUGCACCGUUCACAGACGACCUUCGUAUGAAUCGACUGGAGCUCCAGGAAAUGAAGGGAACAGAUCUGGCCAACAAGCUGAACCUCGCUGCUUCAUACAUAGACAUCUGGGCGUUCAUGCUCAAGGCUCUACCGCAGGUGACGUCGAAUGUUGAGCCAAUGGGUGUUGGUGCGUCGCUCAAGAUGGACGGCUCGAUCCUGGCAUCAGCUGUUCAAGCUUCGGCCAUGACCCUCAGGACAGGCUCCCUGGCAGCCAGCACGAUAGCAUCCGAUGCCCAGCGCACAAACGCGCUCACGAGGCAGUUACAAGAGAGGCGACUCCAAGCCAAUAUAAAGGGUCAGGAGAUCAAAUCGCUCGACAAACAGGCAGAGAUCCAGAGAAAGCGACUAGAGCUCAAUGAGAAGGAAACGUGCAUUCAACAAGCAGAGAUCGAUAAUGCAAUUGAGAUGGAGCAGUGGUAUCAGUCCAAGUAUACAAACGAGAAGCUUUACGGUUGGAUGGAGAACACGAUCCGCAAUGUUCAUUAUGACCUAUAUCAGCUUGCAUCGGACCUCGCACGUCGCGCUCAGAACGCGUUCCGCUUCGAGAAGGGAUCAUCGGUGCAAGGGUUCUUACGACCUGGUGGUUAUUGGGAUAGCAGUCAUGAUGGCCUCCUUGCAGGGCAGCAGCUGCAAGCUGACCUGCGACGCAUGGAGGCCGCAUAUCUGGAGCGAUCAUCGUAUGACUAUGAGAUAGUCAAGAACAUCUCGCUCAGACAGCUCAACCCUGAAGCUUUGCUGAAUCUUAGAGCAAAUGGCACUGUCACCUUUGACAUUCCAGAGGUGUUGUACGACUUUGACUUCCCAGGUCAUUACAUGCGACGCAUCAAGUCAGUCUCGUUAUCUGUUCCGUGCGUCGUCGGUCCCUAUACUGGUCUGAAUGCAACACUGCGUCUCCUUCAGCAUCGUUACCGAGUUAGCUCUGUAGCAGCCUCUGGGGAGGAGUACAGUGAGGACAGUAUGGGUUCGGGGCACUUCCGUACAGACAUAGUACCUAUCACUUCGGUCGCUAUCAGCUCUGGUAUUCAGGACUCCGGUGUGUUUGAGCUUAACUUCAAGGAUGACCGCUUCCAGCCAUUCGAAGGUGCUGGUGCAAUUGGUUCGUGGUCCCUUGAGCUCCCCACGGUUGUUCGUUCUUUCGACUACUCCACCAUCUCGGACGUUAUUCUGCAUGUCAGGUAUACAUCUGUGGACGGGGGACCGUUGCUCCGUAAUGCAGCCAACCAAGCUGUCAAGGCUUUCCGUUCCCAGAUUGAAGGCUUGGGCUCCGAAGGGCCUGGCCUUUUCGCCAUGUUUGAUAUCAAAAACGACUUCAGUAACGCAUGGUAUGCCUUCCGGUCAGGCCUCGCAAGCAAAUCUGUUGCGGAGUUAGACCUGUCUAGUAUCAAAGGUAGAUUUCCCUACUGGGCGCUGGGAAAGACUAUAGUCAUUACCGGCCUCAGCCUUGUAGUUUCUGGCGAGGUGACAAAAAACAAAUUGGUACAGGAUUCAAUUUCAAUUGCUGCUUUGGGAAAGGAAAAGCCCUGGGAUCCAGUUCCAUUAGGCAAAGCCACUAUGUUGAGCUUAUCUCCAUUGAACACAAAGCUGGAUGAGAAGGACCUGGAGUGGAAAUUGAAGGUAUCGAAUGAACAGGGCGACUUCACGGGAUUAGAAAACGUGGUACUCAUUUUGCAAUAUGCCUUGACUUGA